AUGGUAUUUAAGUCAUUGUUUUUGACAUUUUGUUUAGGUGCCCUUCAAGACGAAAAAGCAGCAAAGCUACAAUUGAUUCUCCCAUCGUGUAAUUUUACGGCUCCUAGUGAUUUCGGUGUUACGUUUCUUCAAAUUCUGACUUCACUCCAGGGUCAAAAAAAAGAAACGCGAAGUAGUAAGUGGGAAGAAUUAGGCUCCAUAGAAAAAUUCUGCUUUAAAAACUUUACUAAAUACAAUACUGAAGAGCUAGAUCGGUACAAACCCUACGAUUCUGGAAUUUUUGAAGUCUUCAAUGUUGUUGUUGUUGUUGUUGGUGGUGGUGGUGGUGGUAGUAGUAGUAGUAGUAGUAGUAGUAGUAGUAGUGGUGGUGGUGGUGGUGCUUUCUCUUCAGCUCACAGGCAAGAAGGAGGUGUUAUGAGCUUGAAUACCCAAGUUAAUGACUCCAAUUUAGUGACAAAAUUUGGAGCUGGUUGGACAAAUGGUCACUCAGUCAAAUGGAUGACUCACUCAAUAAACUUUCUUGUGGAAAAUGUUACUAGAUAUGCAUAUUAUAAAAUUGAAUAUUCUCCCAGCAGUCAGAUACUAGGACAACUCGAGGGCGAAUUUAUGCUGCUGCAAAACAGUCUUAUUUUUAUAUAUGAAGAAUCCUGUUACAUCAGAUUUUGCAUUACGGAUGUUGGCAGUCCUUAUGAAAUUACCCCUGACCUCCAGUCUCAUUGCAAUUUACGACACUGCAGUCGAUGCGAGAGAGUGGUUUUAUUAUUCAAUGCCACAAAAUUUGUUUUACUUCGCAUCAAAGAUGCCUACUUUCAAAUUUCUUAUUGUAAUGCUUUGAUUUUUAGUUUAACUCAUAGUUCUGGUAGAUUAAUUUCAAUCACAAGUGAUACUUCUAAUAAAUACUUGCCUAUUUUGCCUUUUAUACAUUAG